CAAAAACGAAAACAUUGGGAACCCCACAAAAAAGAGACCAGCACAGAGGCGAACAGAGAGUGGGGUAGAGACACAGUGGACACCCGCGAGUGUCGGACCAAAAUACUAUAUAAACAUAUACGAUAGGCACAUUUGAUAUAUGAAUAUUCUACAACAACAACAACAACAACAAUAUAUAUAUAAAAGAGAGAUUUGUUUAAACAAAUAAGCAGUCCAACAAAUGCAACGCGUAGGCCUUCAACUGUGAUUUAAGCAUACAACAAAACAAAACAAAACAAAACAACAAAAAGAAACGCAAAUAAAUUAGAUUUAACGAUAUUUACCGAUAUAUAUCGAUACACAGAAGAGAAAGAGAAAGGUGGAGAGAUAAAUCGAAAGUGUGUGUUUUGUGUUUCUUAAUUUUGUGCAAUUUUUAAUUUAUAAUUUCUGUUUUCGCUUCAAUCGAUAACCGUUCAACGAUAACCGAUAAACAGUAUAAUACAACAACUCAUUAUCGAUAGUUGAGCGAUAAACCCCAACAUAAACACCUUAAGUCGAGAAUAAAUCGAUUCAAUCAUGUUCAACUCAAACAUAACCGCCGCCUCGCUGCUCAGCAUCGAGAGCAGCGGCCUUAAUCUGGGCGCCCACACACCCAAAACACCCGAGAUCCUCAACUCCCUGAUCGCCAUGACCAAUCCAUUGGAUAACUAUAGCUUCGCCGCUGCGGCCGCUGUCUCGGCGGCCGUCUCAGCAUCAUCGGCCGCCUCCACGCCCGUCGUCAGUGUCAGGAAUUUCAAUGGACAUCCAACCAAUGGACAGUUGCAUUCGCAGGACAGCAGUCAUUCCAGUUGCUCCGCAUCGCCGCUUGAUUCGCCAGCGGGUGGCACUGCCACCAUGCCCAGCGUGCAACAGACAAAAUCGCAGCUGAUCAAAACCGGCCUAAAGCUGGCCAUCCAGAGCAAGCGCAAGCUGUCGACCUGCGACUCCAGCAGCGGGUCGGAGCAGCCACAAUCGAAGUGCUCCCGCAGGAGCAGCAGCAUGAACAACAACAGCAGCAGCAUCAACAACAACUGCAACAACACGAGCCACAGCUUCAGCAUGAACGACGACGACGAGGAGUCCAGCGAGGAUGAGGACAGCGAGACCAAGUCCACGCCCAAGGGCCUCACGCCCGAGGACGAGGAUCGUCGAAGGAGGCGCCGGGAGCGCAACAAGAUUGCGGCGACCAAGUGCCGCAUGAAGAAGCGCGAACGCACCCAGAACCUCAUCAAGGAGUCGGAGGUGCUGGACACCCAGAAUGUGGAGCUGAAGCAACAGGUGCGCAGCCUCGAAACGGAGCGACGAAAGCUGCUGGAGAUGCUUCAGAAUCAUGCGAAUGCCAUGUCCCCUGGCUGCCUGAGAACCGGCGGGUGUCAGCUGCCUGCCGUUCUGCUGCAGUCGCCUGCCCAGAAAUAUCUCUCGGAAUUGGACCUGGAGGGCCAGUCGUCAUCGGAGGUCAACCUCUCAGGUUCCCUCUCGGGCUCUGGCUCUGGCUCUGGCUCGGGUUCCAUCUCUGGCUCUGGCUCUGGCUCUGGCUCGGUGUCGAGCAGCAGUUCCUCUUCCCAAAGGAUGAGCAUACCAUCGAUGGCCACCUUUAAGUUUGGCUCCAAGACAGCGGCCAUGGCAGCAGCAGCAGCAGCGGCAGCGCAGGUCCAGCAGCAACAGCAGCAGCUACCCAAUGGCUACUGCAAGCCAUCGCCCAGUCCACAGGAGUUUGAGCAUGCAGGAUACCUGAGUUCCCCCAACCAGCAACAGCAGCAGCAACAACAACAACAACAGCAGCAGCAGCAGCAGCAUCAGCAAUCCAUGAAUCCCGCCAGCAGCAACAACAACAACAACGAACAGCAGCAGCAACAGCAGCAGCAGCAGCAGCAGAGCAAUGGCAGCAGCCUCGUUGUGAGCAAUCAGCAGGUCUCCGAUUAUGUCCCAAAUUGCGAUGGCCUCAGCAUGGCAUUGGGUCUGGCAUCGCUGCCAUUGCCACUGCCCCUGUCACUGCCACUGCCCCUCCUGCCAGCGAGUACACCCACCAGCAGCAGCUCCUCGAGCAGCAGCAGCAAUCAGACCGGCUCGGCCGCCUCCACGCCCACCAGCAUCGCCAUUGAGUUCGUCAAGAAUGAACUGGUGGAUGCCCCGAGCCCCUAUACCACGGCCCUCAGUGCGGAGCGUUUUCUGUUCGAGCCGAGCGAUGGUUUUCCGGACAUCAAGCAUGCCGUGAGUGUCCUGCCCACCAGUGGCAUCAAUAGCCUCAAUAUGGCCAGUGUUGUCCAUGCAAACAGUGGCGGCGGAGCGACAGGACACCAUCACAGCCACCAGCACCACAGCCACAGCCACAACCACCAUAACAACAACAACAACAACAACAACAACAAUAACCACCUGAUGGACUUCCAUCAUGGCCUACAAAGCAAUGGCCUUGGCGUCGGUGUGGGCGUGGGUGUCGGUGUAGGUGUGGGCGUUGGCGUGAUGACACCCUCCUGCUACGAUGACGAGCAGCUGCUGCUGAUGAAGAACGGAUGCUUUGCCAACGAUCUGCUGUCCCAGCUGGCGGACGAUGGCACGGACUAUGUGGAUCUGGAUACCGGUGCCGCUGCUUUCAUGACCAAUGGUGGCUGCCUGGCGUGAGGGCGGGCCCAGCGGGCAUCGGCACCGGCAAACGCACACGAGCGCGAUCGUGAUCGGGAUCGCGAUCUCCUGCUGCUGGCCUUCGAUCAGGAUGGAGGCCAGGAGGAGGAGCAGCAGCAAUCGUCGUCGUCGUCGCACAGGCCGAGCAACAGUCCGCAGCAGCAGCAUCAGCAGGAUGUAGAGAUGGAGCUGGAAAUGGAGCUGCAACUAGAGGAGGAGGAGGAUCCCGCCUGGACCCACGUGGAUUAUUGGUGCUAGGUGUUCGCUGGAUCCUCGCACCUUGAUGUACAUUUUGUAGAUGCUACUCAUCGACUAAGCAGAAGAACAGAUUCAAAACAAAAAUAUCAGAAGCCGCAGCCCCAAAGGGCGCACUGAAAUUCAAACAAAAUCCCUUUAAAUGUCCCCGAAACUCUGUUUGAAUUUCCCACAAAACAUCCCCAAAUUUCCUCCACGCAUUAUUCCCCCAACAACAAUCCCUUGAUGCCUGUUUUCACGCCGUUAACCGAUCCGAGUUCUUCCAAGAAAAAAAAACAAGAAGAGCAGAGUACCCCUGAUGACCCAUGCCCCCAAGCCUCGAAUACCCCCGAUACCCUGGUCCCCCUCCCAUUGUGUAAGUCCGCCUGGAGCGGCGUCCAGCCUGUGGCUUGACUACCUCAUGAAGCAAAGAAAGCAGAAAA